CACAGGCUUCUUCGCUUCAAAAUAGACAGCAAACAGAGAGAGAGUGCAGAAACACUGUUGCUUGGAAGGAGAUCAAACCCGGUCAAAGGGUGACGAAAAAGGGGAGACGCGAAAACGCUCACUCUUCCAUCAAGUGUGUCCCUGUGCAAACAACUGUAUCGAAGCCGCAGCUACGCAAAGGGACUAUUGAUUGUGUAGGCAAGAGCGGUAGCGCUACAGACGAAGGUCCAGUGUCCGCCGUGAUGAUGAUUCCCUUUGCAUAAUAAUCAUCCACACACACACACACACACACACACUAUCAAAAGGGGAGGGAACUGUGCUGAUACUGGCGUUGGUGUGUAUUCCGACAUUCCCGGACGUGUCGUUUUUUCAUUCCAAUCCCAACGCAUAGUCGCCGUGUCCCUCCGUGGUUGCUUCGUCUUGCUUGGGGGCCCCCUGAAGUACAUAUAUCGAGUGCUCUGUUUCAGAUUGUGUGUCCCGGCUGGUCGCUUUGUGCCUGCGCGUCUAAUCAGUCCUCUCGGUGAGCUCUUCCGGGGCUGAACUGAACGUGCGAAGAAAACAACACUAGUGCCAAAACACAGCGAAAUGGAGGGUGGAAAGUACAACUUUGCCAUCGACCGUGGCGGCACCUUCACGGAUGUGCUGUGCAUUACGCCCGACCGUACGGUGCGCACGCUGAAGCUGCUGUCCGUCGAUCCGGCCAACUAUCCGGACGCACCGACCGAGGGCAUCCGGCGCAUACUGCAGCAGGAGACGGGCCGUGCGCUGACGGUGGACGGGCUGAUCGACACCGGGCUGAUCGGGUGGGUGCGGAUGGGCACUACCGUGGCCACGAACGCGCUGCUCGAGCGGGCCGGCGAUCCGGUGGCGCUCGUCGUGAACCGGGGCUUCCGGGAUCUGCUGCAGAUUGGCAAUCAGGCGAGACCGAACAUUUUCCAGCUGAACAUCCAAAAACCGGCCAACCUGUACCGGGAGGUGAUUGAGAUCGAUGCCCGCCUGGUGCCGGCCCAGGAAGUAUCCUGUCAGCUCGGAGAAGCCUCCGCCGGCUGGCGGCGGCUCACAGGUGCGGCCGAUUCCACCUACCUGGAAAUGGUGCCGCUGGACGAGCAGGAUCUGCGGUCCAAGCUGGAGGAGGUACGGGCCGCCGGCAUCAACUCGCUCGCCAUCGUGCUCGCGCACAGCUACGCCUGCCCCGAGCACGAGCUGUGCGUCGGCCGGAUCGCCCAAGAGCUCGGCUUCCAGCAUGUCACGCUGUCGCAUCAGGCGAUGCCCAUGUGCCGGCUCGUUGCCCGCGGGUUCACUGCCUGCGCGGAAGCGUACCUAACGCCCCACGUCGAGCGCUAUCUGGACGGGUUCCGGAGCGGGUUUCGGGAUCAGCUGCGCGGCGCCGACGUGCUGUUUAUGCAGAGCGACGGUGGCCUCACCAGGAUGGAACACUUCCGUGGCGCUCGUGCCAUUCUAAGCGGUCCGGCCGGCGGUGUCGUGGGGUACGCAGUGACCGGGAUGCGUGAUGCCGGGGAUGAUGACCCAGCAGCCGGUCCGCCACCACCGCUGAUCGGGUUCGAUAUGGGCGGCACGUCGACGGACGUGUCGCGGUACGCGGGAACGUACGAGCACGUGAUCGAGAGUACGACGGCCGGCGUUACGAUACAGGCGCCCCAGCUCGACAUCAACACGGUGGCGGCGGGCGGCGGCUCGAGACUGUUCUUCCGCUCCGGGCUGUUUGUGGUGGGGCCAGAGUCGGCCGGCGCCCACCCGGGACCCACCUGCUAUCGCAAGGGUGGCCCGCUGACCGUGACCGAUGCGAACCUCAUCCUCGGUCGGCUGCUGCCCGAGUACUUCCCGACCAUUUUCGGCCCGAACGAGAACGAACCGCUCGAUUACGAGGCGACGCGGGCCGCGUUCGAGGAGCUGCGCAUGGAAAUCAACGAACAUUUGGCGUCGGCCGGGGAGGAGGCCGGCGGUGGUCCACUGUCGCUCGAGCAAGUGGCGAUGGGCUUCGUGCGCGUCGCCAACGAAGCCAUGUGCCGGCCGAUCCGGGCGCUGACGCAGGCCCGCGGGUACGACACGUCGCGCCACGUGCUGGCCUGCUUCGGUGGGGCGGGCGGUCAGCACGCGUGCAGCAUCGCCCGCCAGCUCGGCAUGGCGCGUGUGGUGAUGCACAAGUACGCCGGCAUACUGUCCGCGUACGGGAUGGCGCUGGCGGACGUGGUGUACGAGACGCAGGAGCCCUGCGGGCUGGAACUCUGCCCCGACAAUCGAGCGGCGCUGAAGGAGCGGCUCCACGCCCUAUCGGCGCGCUGCGUGGAGCAGCUGGAAGCGCAAGGGUUCGCCCUGGCGGACGAAGGAUCGAUCAGCCUCGAGCCGUACCUGCACCUGCGCUACGAGGGCACGGACUGUGCGCUGAUGUGCGCUCCGGACCGGGUCGUCGAGAAUGCGGACCACACCGUGUACGGGUUCGGCGACUUUGGGCGCACGUUCCGCGACCGCUACCGGAGCGAGUUUGGCUUCGUGCUGGAGGGCCGACGCAUCCUGGUGGACGAUAUUCGCGUGCGCGGCUGUGGCCGGGCGUCCCUCUUCACCGAGCCGGACAUCGCGGAGGCGACGGGACCGAUCUAUCCGGAGAAGACGACCGUGGCGUACUUCGAGGAGGGCAGUGGACAGGCGCCGCCCGGUCGACUCGUCACGCCCGUCUACGACUGUGCCAAGCUGCGGUACGGCCAUCGGGUGGAUGGACCGGCCAUCCUCAUCGACCGCCUAUCCACGAUCGUGAUCGAGCCGGGAUCGCGGGCGCUCGUUACCCGGCGCGGCGAUUUGACGAUCGAAAUCGGCACCGGCGCUGCAGCACGGCCGCGGGUCGACGAACGGCUGGACGCGGUGCAGCUGAGCAUCUUCAACCAUCGGUUCAUGAGCAUUGCCGAGCAGAUGGGGCGCGUGCUGCAGCGCACCUCCAUCUCGACCAACAUCAAGGAGCGGCUCGACUUCUCCUGCGCCCUGUUCGGCCCGGACGGUGGGCUCGUCUCGAACGCUCCGCACAUCCCGGUCCAUCUCGGCGCGAUGCAGGAAACGGUCCAGUAUCAGUUGCGCCGGCGCGGUGGCACCCUGAAGCCGGGCGACGUGCUGCUUUCGAACCAUCCGCAGGCCGGCGGGUCCCAUCUGCCCGACCUGACCGUCAUUACGCCCGUGUUUGCGCCCGGUGAAGCGCUGCCGGUGUUUUUCGUCGCGUCGCGUGGCCACCAUGCCGACAUUGGCGGGAUAACGCCCGGCUCGAUGCCGCCGCACUCGACGUCACUCGCCCAGGAGGGAGCCGCAUUCAAGUCGUUCCUGCUCGUGGACGGCGGCGUGUUCCAGGAGGAAGCGAUCGUGGCCCGACUGACGCGCCCGGCGCCCGGUGUCCCCGGGGCGGCCGGCACGCGCAACCUCUCCGACAAUCUGUCCGACCUGCGCGCCCAGAUUGCGGCCAACCAGAAGGGCAUCCAGCUCGUGUCGGAGCUGAUCGACGCGUACGGGCUGUCGGUGGUGCAGGCGUACAUGGGCCACAUGCAGCAGAACGCCGAGCUGGCGGUGCGCGACAUGCUGCGCACGAUCGCGCAGGAAGCGCGCGAACGCACCGGGUCGGCCGUGCUCGAGGCGGAGCAGCAGAUGGACGACGGGACGCCGAUCCGGCUGGUGGUGCGCAUCGACGAGCGGCACGGUUCGGCGGUGUGCGAUUUCACCGGCACCGGGCCGGAGGUGAGCGGCAACUGUAACGCCCCGCGGGCCAUCACGCUGUCCGCGCUGAUCUACUGUCUGCGCUGUAUGGUCGGGCACGAUGUGCCGCUCAACCAGGGCUGUCUGGCGCCGAUCGAGGUGAUCAUACCGCCCGGCUCCAUCCUCGACCCGUCGGACGGGGCCGCCGUCGUCGGGGGCAAUGUGCUGACGUCGCAGCGCGUCGUCGACACGGUGCUGGCCGCGUUCGGCACGUGCGCCGCGUCGCAGGGCUGCAUGAACAACGUCACGAUCGGGGACGAGGGCUGGGGCUACUACGAGACGGUCGCGGGUGGCAGUGGCGCCGGCCCGGGCUGGCACGGCACGGGCGGUGUGCACACGCACAUGACCAACACGCGCAUCACCGAUCCGGAGAUACUGGAGCUGCGCUAUCCGAUCGUGCUGCGCCGGUUUACGCUGCGCGAGGAUGGUAGUGGUGGGGCGGGCCAGUUCCGCGGCGGGGAAGGCGUCCACCGGGAGCUGCUCUUCCGCAAACCGAUGACGCUGUCCGUGCUGACCGAGCGGCGCACGCUGCGCCCGUACGGCAUGGCGGGCGGCAUGCCCGGCAAGCCGGGGCUGAAUUUGCUGAUCCGGGCCGGGCCGCGCGGGCAGCCGGGCCAUCGGGCGGUCAACAUCGGCGGCAAGACGGCGGUACAGGUCGGGCCGGGCGACAUCUUCUCGAUGAAGACGCCGGGCGGCGGCGGGUACGGCGUGCCGCUGGACGACGACGAUGGACCGCGGCCGACGCUGAGCGACCAGCAGCAGCAGCGGCAGCUGGCGGCGGCGGCAGCCAUCGUGUCGGUCGGCUCGUCCAAGGCGUUCAUGGAGCGCGGCAGCGUGUAUGAGUACCGGAUGGCGCAGGAGUCGGUGUGAUGGCACGAGAUCGGCUUCAACUUUAACUUCUAUCUCGUGCUGAUCGUCGUGCUGCUGGUGAUUGUGAUCGUGAUGUUUAAAUAGCCCCCGGAUACUGAUGGUGGUGGUGGUGGUGAUGGAUUGUUCGGACGACGUUCGGGCUUUCUACUGUCGUUCGACGCAGCCGACGGUGGUGUGUGGAUGGAGCCAAGCCAUGGACAGCAGCAGCAGCAGGACGAACAGCAAGAGGACGCCAUUUAGCUGCGGCUGUAGUGUAUGUGUUCGUAGAAGGAGAAGGCGCAUCACAUAUUAACCCUUCUUUCCCUUCUCUCACUCUCUCGUUCUCUUACAAUCUACCUAUCUCUUUCACUCUUUCUCACAUAUACACACUUCGUCUCUUUCGUGUCAAUUCCGUGUUCUUCCAUAGUAGGCAGGCGUUGGUUGGGCCCAAAAGCGUGAGCCAAAGUAGUAGUAGUAGUAGUAGUGAUAGAGAGAGAACGAUUGGUGCAACUACAAUUAUACUAUUUACAUACAAGCAAGCAGGGCGCGCGCGCGUGUGUGUGUGUUGUGUUUAGAUAGAACUUUGUCCAUUUUUCUGAAAAAAAAAACAAACAAAAAAAGAGAACAGACCAAACAGUGGUUGGGGUAGCUUUAUUAGGGUUAGAAUUUAGACGAUUUUUCAACACAGACAUAGACACAUUUUCGCUCACGUCGUCACUAGGAUAACACAAGGUUUUCUUAGAAAACUCGGUAGCCAAAUUUUAUAUACCUUCGCGUCCGUCGUGGUGUGUGUGUGUGUGUGCGUCAGUGUAGGUGCAACACCACACGACUAAUGCCUUUGUGAAAGUUAAACCCGAAACCAAAAUAUACGCACACAAAAAAACGUU